AUGCCACACUUUCACCUGCCCCGCUCAACCAAACUGUUAGAAAGUCUGAACGCCUCUCUGACAGCCUCUGCCCGCUCGCAAAGAUGUUCCUGCGUGCAACUUCCGUCUGUCACAGGUUCCCCUCAAAACGCAGAGAGUAAACAGCCAGUAAAAGGCAAAGCAGAGCCGUUCUGGAACUGUCCAAUGCAUCAUUUUAAUAUCCGCACCCACCUCCCCCACCCCAAAAGCACACGGCAGCGACCACAGUGCGGCUUUCGCAGGGACGCUGCACGCAGUCUAGAACGUAGUAAUAUUCUUCACGGAUCUCACACUCAUAUCUAUCUCUGCACCCUCCGCGCACAAACUGUGCGAUAUCCAGCCGUAUUUCAGGCGCUGGUACUGCACAAAAUCCACCCGCGUAUCGCUCACACCACAAAUGGAUUUCAACAUUCUGACCGCGGUGAUGAACCCAGGAACAGACCCCAGUCAAUCCCAGCCUGCCCGAGGUUACCAUGUCCAGCAGUUCUCCCAAACACACAAGUAACAGACUACAGGCAACGUCUAACAGGAAAAGAGAGAGAGAGAGAGCUGGAGAGGUUUCAGGAAAGAAUUCCAAGGUUUAGGAACCUGGCAAUUGGAACACAGGGAUUGAACCAACACCAAGUGGAGACAGGGGCUCGAAAAUACACCGACAACUCGGGCGCUAAGCCAAGGCAGACACGCACGACAGAUCCCAUCACCCGCGCCACAACAGAGCUGGGCUCAGGUCACUGGAGGCAUGAGGACACGGGUCAGGAACGAUUGCCGGCGAAGCUCCGUCGCUCGGAGAGCCUGCGCACGUACAGUGAGCGCCGACGCUCUCACAAGGGAUCGGCCAAGGACAAGCAGCCACGCUCCAGGAGCGACGUCGACCUCCAGGCAGCUGCUACCGCCACCGACCUGCAGCGCCGGAAUGCGGAGCCCGGAGGGAGCGGAGGAGCAGAUGGCCAGCAAUCCUUUCUGUCUCCCCAGUCUGAGGAUAAUGGGCCGCGCAUUUCGGAGCUUGAGGCUGACCCGCCGAGCUGGCGCCAACUCGUCGACUCCGAAACCGUCCACAGGCUGAAGAAAAGUGAGGUCAAGCGGCAGGAAGUCAUUAAUGAGCUCUUCAUUACAGAGCACGCUCAUGUGCGAAUGCUAAAAGUGCUGUAUGAGGUUUUCUACCAGCGGAUGCUGGCCGAGUCCAUCCUCAGUGACACUGAGCUCCAGAACAUCUUCCCCAGCCUGGAUGAGCUCAUCGAGGUGCAUGCACUCUUCUAUGAGACCAUGAAGAAGAUUCGAGAAGAAGGAGGCUACGUUGUGACAGAGAUCGGAAGCACUUUACUGGCUCGGUUCAAUGGCACUGAGGGGGACUGGUUCAAGAAACUUGCCGCUCGUUUCUGCAGUCGGCAGUCGUACGCGCUCGAGCAGAUUAAAUACCGGCACAGGAAGGAUGCACGGUUUAGUCAGUUCAUACAGGAUGCAGAGAGCAAUCCUCAGUGCCGACGUCUGCAGCUCAAGGAUAUUAUUCCCAUUGAAAUGCAACGCUUGACAAAGUACCCACUGCUGCUGGAGAACAUUGCCAAGUACACAGAUCAACCAGCGGAGAAGCAGAUGGUGCAACAAGCAGCUGACUGCUGUCGGAAUAUCUUGAAGGAUGUCAAUCAGGAAGUGCGGGAGACGGAGAAUCUCCGGGUAAGGAGGUCCCCAGGCGCGCGUGUGUUCUUCAAAAAUAUCAAGCAGGCGUCAGGAGCGACUGGAUGAGGGGGCCCAUUCAUUGCAGCUCUAGAUAACAUCGACCUGACCCAGCGUCGGAUGGUACACGAGGGACCUCUGAUCUGGAAGGUGACCAAGGAGAAAGCAGUUGAUGUCCAUGUGUUGUUGCUGGAUGACAUCCUGGUCCUGAUGCAGAAAGUGGAUGACAAGAUGGUGCUAAAAUGCCACAGCAAGAACGCAGUGGGGGGUCCAGACGGGAAGCAGAUGCUAUGCCCCAUCAUCAAACUUGGCAGCCUGCUGGCUCGGGAUGUUGCCACAGACCGCAAGGCGUUCUUCGUCCUUUUCCAGACCAACACGGGCGCACAAAUUUACGAGCUAGUGGCACAGACGGUCUCCGAGAGGAGGAACUGGUGCGAGUGGAUUCUGAGCACCCAGGAAGCCCUCAAUCAACAGAAACCCUCCAUGGCUCCUCGGAACAGCCUGGUGCCACCCUCUGUCAACCUACCCCUCAGCCCUACCAUGGCGUACAGAGAGCCCAUGCUCAGCUCCGACAGCAGUUUCUCAACUCGCGACAGAAUCAACUCCGAGUUCAGUGCCAAGGACAGUGACGUUAUAUCGCAGGACAGUGGAACCGGUGAGAUAGGUACAGAUGAACGUCCUGGCUUAGAGAUGCAGAGUAUGGAUCAGGUGCUGACUGACUUCCUCAAGGCCAAUGAUGUGGAUCUGGCAAAACUGGCCUUGGGACCAUCGGAGCACAUCGCAGACGAAGCGUUGGAGGAUGUCCACGCGAUGAAGCGGGAGCUCAAGACGAGCAAGAGAACCGCCAAGGAAUCUUCGGCGCUGACCGGUUCCGAACAGGAGCCUGACACUGGCGAGGGCGAGGCCCAAGCCAAUGGUGGUGGCGGUGGUGAGGAGGAGGAGGAGGAGGACGAGCAGGAGCAGGAAGAGGAGGCAGCAGCUGUGGCAGCGGAGGGGCAGCAGGAAGCCGAGAGCCAGGGCGAUGGGAGAGAAGAGGGCGAAGGCGCAGAGGAGCCGCCCGAGAGACAGGGGGGCGAGGAGUGUCAGCUCAAAGGGACAGCAGAAGAUUUGCACGCUAAACAAUCUCUUCCUGAGGGUGCUGCCGGGUCCACGGCCAACGACGGAGAUUCAGAAACCAGCAGAACCCCCGUCAUCCUGUCCCUGGAACAGGCCGAGGAGAUGGAGCGGAAAAUGAACAGCCUCCUGGUCAAGAUUCAGCAUCUGAAGGUGAGAAGUGGUGAAGAGGGAGCAGCUGGAACUAGUCAGCGGCAGCCGACCUGCGACGUGAAUAACAUUCCACAUCAGUCCGUUUCCUACCCCAAUCCCACCCCCAUCCCCAUCCCCACCACCACCCCGGCCCCUCCCAGCCGUGAGGCCUGUCACCCAAACACGUUGGAAGUAAAUCUGGAAGCUAUGUGCGCGCCAAUUGCAGUCUGUGGAAUUCAUCGAUUGUCAUUGAGAUCGCAGCAUAUGGGAGCAGACUCAGGCCAUUUGGCCCAUUAA